AUGGAACGGACUUUUGGAAAGGUUUGUUUAUCCUGGUCGACCCUCAUCGUAAGUCUACUUUUGGGCAUCGCGAUCUCUUUUCGUCUCCAUUACAAGUUACCAAAGCCCGCCCACCACCUAGGCUAUGACAGUAAUGGCAUUGCUAGCUUUUCAGAGAACAAUGCUGUGUCUAUUAUAUCACAUUUAUCGGAUACCAUUGGUUAUCGUAUUGUCGGUACGAAAGAGGAGAAACAAAGCUACGAGUACUUGACUCAGCUUAUAUACGAUUAUAAAAAAGAGGCUCAAAGUAUCGCCGGCUCUCCCAAGUUUGAUGUUUGGCUUCAACAUGGCUCGAGCUCUCACCGAUUCGAUAUCAUGGAUAGAAUGGUUUUAAAAGCAUAUACCAACGUGACAAAUAUCAUUGUCAGAUUAUCUUGCCCUGUUGAUCCUACGAACGAUGACGAUCGUAGCUGUGAAAAGAACGCAGUACUUGUAAAUGCUCACUUUGAUACGACACUGGGUUCUCCAGGUGCCAGCGAUGAUGGUUCCGGCAUAGCGGUCAUGAUGGAUAUUGUACGUGUACUUAGUAAAAGAGAUUGGACAGGAUACAAAAACUCGAUCGUUUUUCUUUUCAAUGGUGCAGAAGAAUCUUUACAAGAUGCAUCUCACGCGUUUAUCACCUUGCAUGAAUUGAAGGAUACCAUUCGAUCAGUUGUCAAUCUUGAUUCUUGCGGUACCACUGGACAGGAAAUCUUAUUCCAGGCUAAUUCCCGCGAAAUGGUGGAAGCUUACAAACACGUUCCUUAUCCACAUGGAACGGUGAUGGCAAAUGAUGUUUUCCGCACUGGGCUCAUAUUGUCCGAUACAGAUUUUCGACAAUUCGUACAAUACGGCAAUUUGACGGGUAUUGAUAUGGCCAUCUACAAAAACUCAUACCUGUAUCAUACUCAUUUGGAUACUACCAAAAACCUCCAAAGUGGAGCUAUACAGCACCUGGGGGAAAAUGUCUUGGCCAUCGUAGAGCACUUGGCUAGAAACGGUCAGUUGGAAGGCAUCGAGCCGUCCAGCGAAGUGGUCUAUUUCGAUUUUCACGGUUUGUUUUUCGUUGUGUAUUCAUGGAAGACAGCCUAUAUCAUCCAGAUGACAACAGUGGCUCUCUCUGUGGUCUAUUUUGUUUGGGUUGUCAUCAAAACACAUCAUUCCUCGCCUUAUCGUUCCAUUCGUCAUAUUUUACUUUCUUACGCGAAAUCCACGCUUGCUGUCUUCCUUAGUAUGGUUGCUUCCAUGAUCCUUCCCAUGACGGUGGCUUUCUUGAUCACUACAAAUACAUUCGGCCGUCAUAUGGGUUGGUUUAGAAACGAGUGGUACGGCGCUUUGUUCUUCAGCCCAAUGGGGCUCGCAGGCUCGUACAUUGUUCAAUACUUGAGUUAUUCUCUGCCAGGCCCUGAGCAUUUUGACAUGGAGUAUGGCUCCUUCGUGUCAUUGAUGUUAUUUUUUGCUUUGAGCACUGCCCUUACCACUCAAACAGGUGUUGCGAGUUCUUAUAUAUUUUGGCUGUUUGGUUCUGUCUUGCUCGUCAUGUGCAUCCUCAACGAGUUUUUGCGCCCAGCCACGACAAAAAUUUACAAGGCACAAGUGGCUACUGUCACUUACAUCAUCAGUGGAUUUGUUCUGUCCUUUUUGUAUUCUGCCUAUGCUUUCGCUUUGGUAGACAUUUUUGUGCCUUUGACAGGACGCAUGGGAGUGCAAACGCCUGUUGAUUUCAUUGUUGCUUUUAUUUACGGCAUGGUUGUCUUCAUGAUCGGACUGCCUGGCAUAGCACACGUCCAUCGAUUCGGUAAGCACCUUUUGAAAAGGAUCAUUGUGCUAUUGUUGGUAGCUGAAGUGCUCGUUUUGAGUGCUGUCUAUAUCGGUGGAGGCGACUAUGGAAAGUGGGCGUUCCCUUACGAUGAAGACCAUCCCAAGCGACUUUUUGUUCAGCAGCUGAAAAACUUGACUUCAGGAGAGUUGACGGUGGGUGUCGCUCAGGCGGAUCACGGCCCUUAUAUUCAGAAAAUCGUGCGUUCUGUCGAGGAUAGGUUGGGUGUCACGGGUGAAGAACGUGAUAGCAGCCAUAUGAAUGAUUGGGAUUCGAUCUACCCCUUCAGUGCUUUUUUGGGCGGCUAUCGAUUUGAUGCAGAGCCUUACGUACGUCGACAAGCUCAACAGAACAGCCUACAAUUGCCCGAACGACUAUUGGACGCCUUGGACGGACCGUUUCCGGAAAUGAAGGUAUUCAACGACAGCUACGAUGCUUCCACCGGCAUCCGUUCAUUCUCGAUUAUUUGCUCUGCACCUACCUAUACCUGGACCGUCAUCGCUUUUGAUGGUAUGGUUGUUAAUUGGAGCAUUCAGGACGAAGAACCAUUAUCGCAACCCUCUCGUUAUGUUGUGCGUCAUGUAAGCGGUUAUGGCAACGAUGGAUGGUCCAUGAACUUGGCUCUGCAGGUUCCUCUCGAAGAAAGAGCCAAGGCAGAAAAGGAUGAAUGGAGAAUACGUUUUGAAUUUACUGCUUUAGAAGAAGAAGGGUUCGCCAGCCGUGGAGAAGAACGGAAAAUUGGUAAUGUGGGUGUUUUAUCUGCUAUGCAACAAGCAUUACCGAUCUGGACAACAACAACAUGGUUAAGUGCCGUUGUUAAAGUCUGGGAGUUGUAG